CAUUAAAUACCAUAGUGGAGAUGUUUUUGAAAUUCCAAUAAUAACUAGUGUUAAUUUUUCAUUUGAAGAUCUUUUUUAUAGAUUUAGGAAUUAUCAGGUUCAUGAAUCAAUAUCACUAAAAGACAUUAAACAGUUUAACUUGCAAAAUGUUCAAUGUUACGUACCACCAAAUGGUCGUCAGAAAAAACAUUUAUUUGCUAGAUUUAAAAUAAUGCCUUUUAAGCUCUAUACGGUUGAUUCGAAUAAUCAGUUUCAUGAAAUAAAAGCUUCAGCCAUUUCAUUGAAAGAUUAUAAUAAUUUUGAGUCAAAACUUUGCAUUGAGUUUGAUGAUUAUGAGUUUUUUGAUCAAGUUUUCCAUCGAUCCAUAGUUUUGAAAACAUUUGAUAUGGAAAGAGAAGAAAAUUAUAGAUUUCUGCAAAGCGAUCUUAUUAUCCCGAAUAUUGUAAUGAGAAUGUAUUCAAAAUUUAUUGUGGAUCCCUCAUCUGGCAACAGAAUUUUUAGAGUUGAGCUUAAUAGCAAGGUGAUCGAAAUUCUCAGAAGGAUAAAUAGACAGACCUCUCGACUCAAGGAAGAUAACACAAUCAACAUAAACAACAAAUACAAUCUCUCGUCGUUAUCUUAUUUUGACCGAAACAUUGUGCAAAACAAUGAGCAGCAGGGUGAGUUGGUUUUGGACUUUGUAAGAAGAGAAUAAACGAGUGCUUUGUAUUGUUUGUUGAGAAACAUUCCCAACAACGACUGAAGAAAGAUGUGAAUGAGUGUAGACGAGAAUUCGAGUGCAAAUUUGCAGUUUCCAGCCAAAAAAGCAGUGUCUUUGAGCAGCUUUUAAAGAGUACCAGUGGGAUUAGCAGCUCGAGAACCUGGAGACUGAAAACCAGCAGAAGACUCUUCCACAGGCGAUAGCUGGCGUAGUGCCUCUCGAAGUGUUU